CAUCAGUGGCCUGUAAAUAUGAAACAUAUAUCUCAGAGGAUGUCUGCUCCAACAGAAACAACCUGUAUAAUCGUUGUCAAUCUACACCAGAGUCUAUAAUAAUAGCAGAAAUGAUGUCAGUUAAAACUGCUCGGCAUCGUGUACAAACACCCGCCUACUACAGCGCCAACAGAGGCCAGGAUUAUGCGUUGGAGGGUGGCAUCACUAUUGGAGUCAGUGAUCCGUUUUACCAGAAUUUUGGCCUUAGUGGUAUAGCUGCUACUGGAGACAUGUCAGCACUUCAGAUCUGUUCUCCCACCGUCAGCCUGCCGCAGGUUGUAAAGACAGUGAGCUCACCAAGCCCUCAGCACAGCUCUCAAAAACUUCCAGAGGAGGUCUCAAGCAAGAGGGAGCUCCGCAUGAUAAAGAACAGGGAAGCUGCACGGGAAUGCAGACGAAAGAAGAAAGAGUAUAUCAGAUGCCUUGAGAAUCAUGUCUCUGAGCUUGAAAAACAGAACAAAACACUCACCCAGGAGCUCAAUGCCUUAAAAGACUUGUACUGUCACAAAACAGAAUAAGAAACAACUGUUUGGAGAUAAGACUUUAGAGACUGUGCUCUUUAGAGAUUACUAAAUGCAUCUAAACAAAUGUACUUUUCCAC